UUUGCCUUGCGGGAGCCAAGGCUGGAUGCUGGAAGCGGAGCGGCGGAUCCGGAUCCGUGCGGGGCCGAUCCACAUCGGUGCGGGACGGAUCCUCCGAUUGUGGAGCCGUCGUGUCCUCGGGAUAACACCUCCGUGGUUGUAACAGCGCCAUGGGGCAGCCGCUCCCACCCCGGAGGGAGCCCCCUGUGGCUCCGGCACGUGAGUCCCUGAGAUGUCACUGAGAGCUGAAAGCCAUGCAGCUACAUCGACGCUGAAGAAGAUUGCUGCAGACAUGAGCAACAUCAUCGAGAGCCUGGACACCAGGGACCUCCACUUCGAUGGUGAGGAGGUCGACUCAGAGGUGCUAAAUGACCCAAAAGGCACUGCAUGCAUUCCCUUCUCUGCCAUCUACCACACCUGUGGGUUCAGAGAGCCGGGCACGCAGUCGUACCUGACGGGAUGUCCUGUUCGAGUGCGGGUGUUGGAAGUUGAACGCUUUACUUCCACCAAGAAGGUACCAAGUCCCAAUGUUUACACGAUCGAGCUGACCCAUGGAGAGUUCACCUGGCAGGUGAAAAGGAAGUUCAAGCACUUCCAGGAGCUUCACAGGGAGCUGCUGAGGUACAAAACCUUCGUGCGCAUCCCUAUUCCAACCAGGAGUCACACGGUGAGAAGACAAUCCAUCAAAAGGGGAGAGCCGAGGCAGAUGCCCAGCCUGCCACACACCUCCGAGAGCACCGUGCGGGAGGAGCACUUCUCCAGCCGGAGGAAACAGUUGGAAGACUACUUGACAAAGAUCCUGAAAAUGCCCAUGUACAGGAACUACCAUGGAACAAUGGAGUUCAUUGGAGUAAGUCAGCUGUCAUUCAUCCACGACUUGGGACCAAAGGGCAUAGAGGGGUUGAUCAUGAAGCGCUCUGGGGGCCACCGCAUACCGGGCCUCAACUGCUGUGGUCAGGGAAGGAUGUGCUACAGAUGGUCCAAAAGGUGGCUGCUGGUGAAGGACUCUUUCCUGAUGUACAUGAAGCCAGACUCAGGGGCCAUCGCCUUUGUCCUGCUGGUAGAUAAGGAAUUCAACAUUAAGAUAGGCCAGAAGGAAACAGAAACUAAAUAUGGAUUGCAGAUUGACAAUCUCUCUAGGUCACUGAUUUUGAAGUGUAACAGCUACAGGCAUGCCCAGUGGUGGAGGCAGGGCAUCGACGAGUUCAUUCGGAAGCACGGCAGGGACUUCCUCACGGAGCACCGCUUCGGCUCCUACGCAGCCGUGCAGGAGAACACGCUGGUCAAGUGGUAUGUAAACGCCAAGUGGUACUUCGAAGAUGUUGCAAAUGCCAUGGAAGCUGCUAAGGAAGAAAUUUUCAUCACGGAUUGGUGGCUGAGCCCUGAGAUCUUCAUGAAACGACCUGUUGUGGAAGGAAAUCACUGGCGGCUGGACUACAUCCUCAAGCGGAAAGCACAACAAGGAGUGAGAAUUUUUAUCAUGCUGUACAAGGAGGUGGAGCUUGCCCUGGGCAUCAACAGUGAAUACAGCAAGCGGACGCUCAUGCGGCUCCAUCCAAACAUUAAGGUGAUGAGACACCCAGACCAUGUGUCCUCCUCUGUGUACCUCUGGGCCCACCACGAGAAGCUUGUCAUUGUUGACCAGUCCGUGGCAUUUGUGGGAGGCAUCGACCUGGCGUACGGCCGCUGGGAUGACAACGAGCACCGCCUGACCGACGUGGGCAGCGUCAAGCGGAUGGCGGCAGUGAAGUCGGUGUCGAGCACCAACCUGGCAUCUGCAGCAGAGUCAUCUGAAUGUGUUCCCCUGCAGUCUGAAGCCCUGUCCCCAGAAAGCCCCUUGUUCCAGAGAAACGCUGAUGAUGCCUCAGACACAUCAAAGAUGAAAGGAGUAGGAAAACCCAAAAAGUUCUCAAGGUUCACUAUUUACAAGCAUCUCCAUAAACAUGGCAUGCACCAUGCUGACAGCAUCAGCAGCGUAGACAGUGAAUCAAGUUACUGUAACCCCAGUAGAGGUCAACAAAAUAUAAUCCAGAGUUUAAAGCCCCAUCUGAAAAUGUUCCAUCACCACACAGAAUCCAAACAGGGGCUCGCUGACCCUUGGCAGGAUAAAGGAUCCAUCCGCAGCUUGAAGACGGGUGUUGGUGAGCUGCUUGGGGAAACCAGGUUCUGGCAUGGAAAAGACUAUUGCAACUUUGUCUUUAAAGACUGGGUUCAGCUGGACAAACCGUUUGCUGACUUCAUUGACAGAUACAGCAUGCCGAGGAUGCCCUGGCAUGACAUCUCCUCCGUGGUGCACGGCAAAGCGGCGCGUGAUGUGGCCCGACACUUCAUCCAGCGCUGGAACUUUACCAAGAUUAUGAAGCCCAAAUACCGAUCCCUGUCCUACCCAUUCCUCUUGCCCAAGUCUCAACAAACUGCUAACGAGUUGAAGUAUCAGGUGCCCGAAGCUGUCCAUGCCACAGUCCAGGUGAUCCGUUCUGCUGCUGACUGGUCAGCUGGCAUUAAAUACCACGAGGAGUCCAUCCACAACGCCUACGUCAGCGUGAUAGAGAACAGCAAGCACUACAUCUAUAUAGAAAACCAGUUUUUUAUUAGCUGUGCUGAUGACAAAGUUGUCUGGAACAAGAUUGGUGAUGCAAUUGCUCAGAGGAUUCUUAAAGCCCACAGGGAAAACAAGCGUUUCCGAGUGUACGUGGUGAUCCCUCUGCUGCCGGGGUUUGAAGGAGACAUUUCGACCGGCGGGGGGAACGCACUGCAGGCCAUAAUGCACUUCAACUACAGGACCAUGUGCCGAGGAGAAAACUCAAUCCUGGGCCAGCUGAAGGAAGAGGUUGGAGAUAAGUGGAUAAACUACAUAUCGUUCUGUGGACUUCGAACAUAUGCAGAGUUGGAAGGAAAACUAGUCACGGAGCUCAUCUAUGUUCACAGCAAACUGCUGAUUGCUGAUGACAACACAGUUAUAAUUGGCUCUGCCAACAUCAACGACCGCAGCAUGUUGGGGAAGCGGGACAGCGAGAUGGCCAUCAUCGUGCAGGACACUGAGACAGUCCCCUCGGUGAUGGACGGGGAGGAUUACAGUGCUGGGAAGUUUGCCCAGUCCCUCCGGCUGCGGUGCUUCAGGGUUGUCCUUGGUGGCUCUGAUCUCAACCCAGAACACCAGGAUCCUGUCUGUGACAAAUUCUUCAAGGAGGUGUGGAUUUCUACAGCAGCUCGCAAUGCCACCAUCUUCGAUAAGGUUUUUCGAUGCCUUCCCAGUGACGAGGUGAAUAAUUUAACCCAACUGCGUGAUUUUAUCAACAAGCCCAAAUUAGCGAGUGAUGAUCCUGCAAAAGCAGCAGAAGAAUUAAAAAAGAUUCGUGGGUUUUUAGUACAAUUCCCCUUUCGUUUUCUGGAGGAAGAAUACUUGCUUCCCUCCGUUGGAACAAAGGAGUCCAUGGUACCCAUGGAGGUUUGGACUUAAGAAUAUACAGACUGCUUUGCAUUUUAAAGUCUGGGACUCUAGAGACAAGCUGAUGAAUGAUAUGGGAUUUCAGAAAGCUUUUUUAUUACUAAGGAAGGUGGAAAGUAUCUCUACCAAGCUCAUGUGCCUUCUUAAGGAUUUUGGUGGAGGAACUUGAAGCAAAUUGACACUAGCAAAAGAGAGGAGUGGAAAGACUUGGAAAUUACGGCAAACAAGAAGUUUAUCCUCUGUGGAGUUACUUCUUAAGAUGUUCUUGGCACCUAAAGGAUGCGGGCCACUUCCUAGGAUAGUAAACAAAUCCCAGUUGAUGUUGUAACUACUGCCAGCUGUGUACCGUGGUUGCAUAAGUACCGUGAUCGUGCUGUGGCUGUGCAGGAGCCAUGCGCUGUGUGUGCUUUCUCAGGCUUUUGGAUAUCUGCCCCCUGGCUGGCUGGAGUCCCCCCAUCUCACCCCUCCUGACACUGUCAGGAAGUGCUGCUUGGUGCUGCCUCAGGCUGUCCUACCAUCACAGCUUGCCAGGUGUUGGUGUUGCACUUCUUAAAUGGCAACGGACUAACAGUCUUGUACCAGAAUCAACACUUUGGUCUCUUCUCCCCGCUAUGGGAAUAAAACCCUUGUUUCUACCACAACUAGAACAAUCAGCAGUCCUCAUGCACAGCGUGGUACUGCCAUGUAUGAAAGGUAGACCUUUCUUCCCAUCCCUUUCCUCCUUAUUUUAAAGGGAAAGCCCAUUCAGCUAGAGCUGAAGCCAUGCUCGAACUGAGCUGAGAUGUUGCUUUGUGGAUGGGGUGAAUGCAAGGGGGGAAGGGAGCAGUUAGCAAAGCCUUGUCUCUGGUCGACUUUGCUAUUAGACCAGCCACAAUCUUGAACUCAGUCAUGCAGGACAUGUCUUCCCAAGCACAAGUAAGACCCAACAUGCCUUGUCUUGUUUUUCCUUUUGUAGGACAGCUUCCAAAGCUAUUUUGCAUCUCACUGUGCAGCAGAGCAGCAAUUCUAUUCAGCAUCCCUGGGCAAAACACUAUUGCUCCUGGGUCAGGACCUCGCGUGGUGGGUCCUGUCCUGGGUCUUUCCUCCAUCCUGCAAUGAACUGUGUCUCCUGAUUUCAUGUCCAGCUGCAGUCCCAGGAGGGGUCCUUCCCAGGCAAGCAGCAAAGUGUCAAAACACUAAGAGAAAUACUUAACGAGAACUGGAUGUGGAGAAGUGGGAGGCUGAGCUCUGUUGCCACUGUGUCCGGGGUGGAUGUCUUCACUAGCUGGGUUUAACCCUGGGCCCAACUCUACUUAGUCAAAAGACAUGGAGAACUGGUAUUUACUUCAGUUCACAAGCAAGUUUCUUUAUUCCUUUUUGGUUUUUUGCCUCUUCCAACAGUCUCACUUCUUUUUAACUGGCAAAGAAUCACACUGGCUGCCUGGCUGUCCCCAGGACACAGCUGGCACCACAUUUUAGCUGAUUGUCCUCUGUGUUUUCAGGCCUGUAAACAGGCAUCAGGUAAUUCUGUACCUGCUGCCUCACCCAAGCAAGUGACAUCCCCAGACAUUCCUGCAGGGCAGCCUCAGUCUCAGCCCCUUCCUGUGUGUUCCACUGUUCUACUGGUGUUUUGCAGGUGCAGUUGCCAAUUGCCCUCCAUUCUGGUUGCUGGGUCUGUGGCCUGGUUAGCCUGUUGGAAGGGCACAGGCAGCAUUUUAUGUGAUGAUCUUUGGUCCAGGGGUCCAAAGAUCUUCGAUGGUUUUAGCUGGCAUGCUGUAACCAGACAAGUAUGUUCCUUUGGUUAUUUUUUUUUCCCCUUAAAUAAUAGACCUGGGGUCUCACCCCCUGCAGAGCCAGAGCAAUAUGUCCUGACCAUUUGCAGUCAAGAAAGAUCAAAGCUGCCUUGUUAUUUCAUGUCAGUGCUUGUUCAGAGUUUUUAUCUUCUGAUACAUUUUUAGCUGUUUUAGUUUGAACAAAGCUGCUAACUUUAAACAAUUACAGCCUGUCAGAGAAUCAUUGUAAGUCACACAGAUCUGUAUUCAUGGCUGAAAAAGAAGCAUCCAACCCCGCCACCCAUACACGUGAACCUUGAAGAAGUUCAAGACUCCUGUCACCUUCCAAGUGCUCUUAUUGUCCCCGUCCUCAUAUUAGCGAAGAUUUUUGUAAUUGUUAAAUUAGCCUUAUAAUGUCUUUUAAGGUGGUAGGUAGCUAAUUACUGGGCCUUCAUCACUCCAGUGAUAAGUCCCCUCUGCCAGACUGUUUUGGGGAAAAACCACCUGGGUUCUGCAACACUCAGCCCACCAGAUGAUGGCUGCUGGUCUUAAGCAACACAGCAGAGCCACAGAGCAGAUUUAAUUGAUUCUGUAUGAAAAGGUGCUAAUUAAGAAGGUAUUUUGUUAUUAAAGUAACAGAUCAGCCUCACAUUGACUCUGACUGGGAGGACGUUGCUCUUGCUGGGAGCAGAGGAGCUGUGCUGAGCAUUCCUUCCCUGUGUUGGUGCUAAAUUCCUCAUACCAGGAAUUUAGUAACGUUCAAACACAAGCAAGGUUGGAAGGCAGCCUUGGUGCAGAGCAGAGAGCCCUGCAUCCCUGGGGGCUUGUGGGGACACUGAACGCCCCCAUGGAUGUGGCACAGAUGACAGGGCUGGAUCUGUUUCUAGUGAAGACAACUCUUGUCGGCAUCCACGGGCUGUGCUGUUCAGAGCUGCCUGCUUGGGUCCUGUCAGCUGGGGGUUUAUUUCUUAUAUUAAGAAGCCUGUGAGGUUGAACAGCUUUAGCGAGUUAAUUUCUGCACCUAAACAAUCACUACUGCUUAGUCCUUAAUACCAGCAUGGUUUGUUUUUAAUACCUUCAAACUGGAGAGGAUCACUUGCAAAUAUCUAGUACUGUAACAAGUGAUGUGGAUUCGAGCACUAGCAAACCCAGAAACAGGAACUGUUUCUUUUGUUUGGUAGAACUAUAGGAAAUUAGAACUUCUGCCAGGCUCAGAAUUUAUUUUGUAGUUCAACCUGAGUAUAACACUUUUUUUUUCCUCUUUAAUUUAUUUGUAACAAAUACCACUUUGAGAACUCAUAUUCCUUACCAUAUCUUUUUAAUACUCUGAUAUUUUAAAGUAUGUGUUUUGUUGUAUAGAUGUUGGACUGGAUAAAUGUUUCCUUGUAAAGUUAAUGCAUGGUUCAAAAAAUGAGGGAUAAAAUUUCAUAACAUGUAAGAACUUUACUAAAAAACAAUUUGUAGGAGAACUACUCCACAGCAGAUGCAAAGUGCUCAGCUCAGUUUCUGGUCUCUUGGUCUCAGUUUGUUGCCUCACUUGAUGUGAACUUUGCUGGAUUCAACCCCAAACACUCCAUUUUCCUUUCUUUUGAUCAGCUUUCACAUGAUGUUGCAAUCCUGGUGCUGUGCCCAGGGGAGCCCUUGGUGUAGGUUUUGCCUGGCUGGGACCCUGGCAUUAAUAAUUUACAAUAUCUUGAUUCCUUUCAAGGAAAUAUCCAUGUACAAUCAGAUGUGGUCUGCUACUGUUAUUUCAGGGUAACAAGUCUUUUGUGCAGUUGUAGUUGGGAUGGCCAGGGGGUUGUCAUCUGUGCACAGCAGCUGCAUUUGUGGGGAUGUGGAAAUAAGUCUGAAUGGUCCUUUAGGUUAAUGCCACUUCCUUCUCCUGCCAAAUGUAAAGGCCCAAAUCCACACUGAUCUAAACUGAUACAUCCCCAUCAGCUGCAGAGCUGCUGCUCUUGUUUUCUGGCAGAGGGACUUGAUCUGUAGGAUGCAGUGGUGGCCAAGGUGGAGAAAGCAAGUGGUCUCCAGACCAGGCAUAUGGGUAAAGGUUGGCAUCUCUUGGGUGGCCCACAAGAGAUUAAUCCAUUUUGUGGCACUUAUUUUGUAAAUUGUCUCAAAUAAUCAAUCCCUCCUGUAGGGCUGAGCUCUUGCUGAAACCAGGAGCUUUGCAGAAUCAAGUUUAAAACUCUGAGCACAAUGCUGUGGCCUUGAAUCAAGUCAAGCAUGCAAAACAAAGGUGUAUCAAAGUGGAACAGACCCACAAACCGUACAUCAACCACUGAAUGCAAUGAUCCUCUUGGGGGUUCUCUUUUUUUUUUUUUAAUUCUUAUUUUGUAUUUUAUUCCUCUGCCUGCUCUCUUGUUGUGUUUUCCAGUAUUUGUGAUUAUGCUCUUUUUAACCUCCCAGUGUGGUUUCAUAAAAAUCUCCUCCAUGUAGAUAAUUCCAGUUUACCUCUUUCCUGACACUUGGGAAAUGAGAAAGUGUUGAAAGUCACAGUUCUGAGAAUGCUGGGUUUGGGUUGUGUUUGGUUUUUUUCCAAAUGGUGUUGCUAGCUAAACUGAUCAACAAAAGGAGAGCUUCCACUUCGGGUGUGAGGGCAGGUCUCUGUGUGUCUCUACCUUCCAACCGUGCAGUUGUGAAACUGAAUAUCCCUUCUGUGAAGGCUGCUGGAACUGAGUUUUGUACCCUUGUUUCUGCUACCGAUCGCUUCCUUUUCCACUACAUUUGUAUCCGGUAAAUGAAUGUGUAUUAAUGGACUGAAAAUACAGCUGAUCAUCCUGUUGAAA